AUGAUGCAAUACGAUGCGAAAAUGGACAUAAUGGACACAUCCGACCAUUCAUGGUUCGAAUUUUUCAUCGAUCCGAAAAAAGCGCGCGAGAUUUUGGCGGAUCCGAAGAUGAAGAAGCAUCUUCCAAGAUUAUGCAUACAAUUCACCGAAAAAGGAUUUCUCGCGGAGAAAGAGAGAGAUAAAGCGAAGCUCGGCGUGGAAACCGCGAGUUUAUUCGAGCGCAAAGCGGCGAGUAUGCGGCUUUGCGCAAUGGCCGCAUUUGCCGCGUUGGAUUGGGAUAUCGAUUAUAUUAUUGAUAAUAUUAGCAGAUAUGAGCUAUUGACUUUGCGAGUUCUAGCUGAUCAUACUUAUAAAAUUUAUAAUGAGAAGAAUUUGGAUGCCACUUUUGGAAAUUGGUUGUUUUAUAGAUUUGUUUUGUCAAUUGAUAGAAGGAAUAGACUUCCGCCACCUGCACCAAAAGCAACUAUUCCAACUUUGUAAGAUUUUGAAAAUAAACGUCGAAAAAUGGGGAAAUAGUGAAUUUUCUAAUAGAUUUCGACACGCUGCUCACAAUUCCGCCUACAAAAAUCGCUUAGAUCAACUUUGAAUAUGAGUUAUGACGUGGCGAUGGCUUCACAAGGCUAUAACUAGCUUGAAGCUAGUGAUAGCUUUGUGAAGCCAUCGUUGCCACGUGUUCAGAGUUGAGCUAAGCGAUUUUUGUAGGCGGAAUUGUGAGCAGCGGAUCGAAAUCUAUUAGAAAACGUUAUAAUAGCGUAAAAUUCAAAUAAAAAUAUGCCUGAACCUUGAAAUUUCAGCCAAAAAUCGAUUUUUGGUUGAAAUUUCGGGGUUCUCGCGCAGGAAAAUCUAUCGUCAAUUUUUUUUCAACAAAAUUCAAUAAAAGUAUGCCUGAACCUUGAAAUUUCAGCCAAAAAUCGAUUUUUGGCUGAAAUUUCCGGGUUCUCGCGCAGGCAAAUCUAUCGUCAAUUUUUUUUUCAACAAAAUUCAAUAAAAUGAUGCCUGAACCUUGAAAUUUCAGCCAAAAAAUCGAUUUUUGGUUGAAAUUUCGGGGUUCUCGCGCAGGGGAAUCUAUCGUCAAUUUUUUUUCAACAAAAUUCAUUAAAAUAAUGCCUGAACCUUGAAAUUUCAGUCAAAAAUCGAUUUUUGGCUGAAAUUUUCGGGUUCUCGCGCAGGCAAAUCUAUCGCCAAUUUUUUUUCAACAAAAUUCAAAAAAAAAUAUGCCUGAACCUUGAAAUUUCAGCCAAAAAUCGAUUUUUGGUUGAAAUUUCGGGGUUCUCGCGCAGGCAAAUCUAUCGUCAAUUUUUUUUCAACAAAAUUCAAGAAAAUGAUGCCUGAACCUUGAAAUUUCAGCCAAAAAUCGAUUUUUGGUUGAAAUUUCGGGGUUCUCGCGCAGGGGAAUCUAUCGUCAAUUUUUUUUCAACAAAAUUCAUUAAAAUAAUGCCUGAACCUUGAAAUUUCAGUCAAAAAUCGAUUUUUGGCUGAAAUUUUCGGGUUCUCGCGCAGGCAAAUCUAUCGCCAAUUUUUUUUCAACAAAAUUCAAAAAAAAAUAUGCCUGAACCUUGAAAUUUCAGCCAAAAAUCGAUUUUUGGUUGAAAUUUCGGGGUUCUCGCGCAGGAAAAUCUAUCGCCAAUUUUUUUAUGACGUGGCAAAUCUUUCUGAUUUUCAGAUACAAUCAAAUCACAGCCAACGAUCUCUCUUUCAUCCGUCACGACAAAGUUCAACGAAUGAUCGCCGAUCUACGAGAGCAUGUUCCAAAAGCUCGUGCAUUUAUCAGCGAACUUGCCGAUGAACCGCGUGACGUCAUAGCACCGGGUGUUGAUUGUUUCCUCGUGCCAUUUGCUAAAUUGGCUCCACGAGCAUUGAAUGCUGCUCUUCUGGGAGAUCGUGAUGUGCUCAUCGAACUUCCGACCAGCGAUUUCGAUGUGCAAAAAUUCAAACUUCCCGCGGCGGACGUGGCAAAUAAGUGUUGCGCAGAGCUCGUCGCACUGCAUUUUACAUGCGGUGAAUUUGCGGAGGCGCGCAAAAUGAUGGCGAAAUUGGUGCGGCCUGCUGGCAUUGCUCAUCCUAUGGUCAAUAUUGAUGACAAGACUUUUGGCGCGUAUUCGAUGGUUUUGAAUGUGAAGGGAGCGUUUGCGACAGGAGGGAAUGUGGCUAUUAAAAGCACGGUGUUUGAUCAGAAGGUGAGGAUUUUGAGGGGAUUUUUGGCGCCAAACAUUAUUGUUUUUAAAAUUUGAAUUUUGGCGGGAAAAUUGAACUAGUUUGCUAUUUUUUUAAAAUCAAAUGCCACGCGGUUUUCCGCUUCCGCUUACGGAAAAUUUGAAUUUGAAAAUUCAAAAUUUCCCGCCUUGAAAUUUGGUGGUGGCCGAAGUUUUGAGAAAACUAGGCCGUCUCGCGAAAAAAUAUUGACAAUUCAGAAAUUUUUAGUCUGGCUUAUAUCAAUUUUUAGGCCUGACACAAAUUUCUAGGCUCUCUAGGCUCAUCAAAUUUUUUAGGCCUUUAGGCUUCAAAAAACUUAGGCUUGAUCUCAGGUUUCUCUAAUUUAAGGCCAAGCCUAAGUCUAGGCUGGUUUUAGGCCGGUCUAAAUUUUUAACUUCCUAAUUUCAGGCUGGUUUUAGGCUCCUCAAAUUUUUAGGCUUGAAAAAAUUCAGGCUUGUUUUAGGCCGAUCUAAAUUUUUAGCUGCCUGAUCUCAGGCUUGCUUUAGGCUUCUCUAAACUUUCAGGCCUGACGUAAAUUCCAGGCUUGUCUAAAUUCAGGCUUGUUUUUAGGCUUCUCAAAAAUCUAGGCUCCUCUAAACUUUUAGGCCUGACAUAAAUUCCAGGCUUGUUUCAGGCUUCUCAAAUUUUAGGCCGGUCUAAAUUCAGGCUUGUCUAAAAUUCUAGGCUCUCUAGGCUUCUCAAAUUUUUAGGCUUACAGAAAAAUUUAGGCUUGACAGAAUUUCUAAGCUUGCUUUAGGCUUCUCAAAAAUCUAGGCCUGACAUAAAUUCCAGGCUUGUUUUAGGCUUCUCAAAAAUCUAGGCUCCUCUGAACUUUCAGGCUCUGCAAAUUUCUAGGCUGCUCAAAGGUCAGGCCUAACUGAAUUCUAGGCUUGUCAAAAUUCCAGGCUUGUUUUAGGCUUAUAAAAAUCUAGGCUUGUCUAAAUUCCAGGCUUCUCAAAUUUUCAGGCUUGUCAAAAAUCUAGGCUCUACUACAUUUUAGGCUCCUCUAAAUUUUUAGGCCUCACAUAAAUUCCAGGCUUCUCAAAUAUCUAGGCUUAUCAAAAAUCUAGGCUUCUCGGAAUUCUAGGCUUGUCUAAAUUCUAGGCUUGUUUUAGGCUCCUCGAAAGGCUUGUUUAAAUUCCAGGCUGGUUUUUGGCUUCUCAAAAUUUCAGGCCUGAAAAGUUCAGGCUUGUCUAAAUUCCAGGCUUGCUUUAGGCUUCUCGAAAAUCUAGGCUCCUCAAAUUUCCACCCAAAAAAAUCUCUCUUCCAGAUCCUCGCCGACGACACAUCUCCCCUCCGCCGCAGCGAACUCUUCCGCAACCGCGCCAUCCACGAAACCACCGGUCAACUCAAACAAGUCUACCAAGCGGAAAACGCGGCAAAAUCGCUCGCGGAUUCACAUCCGGAAUGCGUCCGCGAGAAAAUCGGCGCGACAAAUGCUGCGGUGCUCGAGCGAUUCGUCAAAGUGCUCAAAAAACAUAUGGAUGGAAUGACGUCGCCGCGCGGCGACAAAAAACGCCGCGAGCGAAUUGCGAUCAGAGCGUAUUUGCAAUUUCUGUGUGCCACAGUGUUCGAUUUGAAGGCGAUGUUGAAGAAGUGUGGAGUUGAGGGAGAAUUUAGGGAUGUUGCCAAGCCGUCGGGGUCCAACGCAUCACAGCCACUUCCUAAUAGUCAAAUGAUGGAUGGUGAGGGUUUUUGGGAGUACUGUAGGGUCGAAAUUUGCCGAAUUUUGACACCAAACAAGCCUAGGGGUACUGUAGACUGAUUUUGUGGCGAAAAUUCUGAUUUUUUGACACCAAAUAAGCCUAGGGGUACUGUAGAAUUUUGAAAUUUUGAAUUAAAAUUGAUCUACAGUAACCCUGGCCUUAUUUGGUGUCAAAAAAUCUGAAAUUCAAAAAAUCUUCAAUUUUUGACUCCGAAAAAAUAGGUUUCAAAAAAUUGUCGAAUUUUUGAAAAUUUAUUUGAAAAUUGAUAGAUGAUUCCCUCAAAAUUCGAAAAAUUACUGUAGAAAUUUUGAAACAACAAUUAGGAGCUGAGGUACUGUAUGAGCGAAAAUUUGAUGAAUUUUGAUACCAAAUAAGCCCAGGGUUACUGUAGAGCUUUUUUUGGCGCGAAAAUCCAUCAUUUUUCGAUACGAAAUAAGCUCUGGAGUACUGUAGGAUGAUUUUGGUGCCAGAAAGUUACUGUAGGCGAAAAUCCCUCAUUUUUUGACAUCAAAUAAGCCCAGGGUUACUAUAGAGCAUUUUUUGGCGCGAAAAAUCCCGAAUUUUUCCUCCCCGAAAAAAUAGGUUUCAAAAAAUUUUGAAAAUUUUGCAAAAACAAUUUCUAUUGAUAAUUUUUUUCUAGUCAAAUUUUAAUUUUACUAACAUGAGCAAUGUGUUAUUUUCAGGUAGGAAUUUGAAUAUUUUUUAGGAAAAGGUUUUCGAAAAUGAUUCUAAUAUGAGCAAUUUUUCAUUUUUCUCGUUUUUUUAGGUUUCAAAAAAAUAAAAUGAGCAAUGAAUUUUAGAAACUCGAAUCUCUUUUUUCAAGUUUUUAUAACAUGAGCAAUGCUUCAAACUUAAAGAGCCCAGGGUUACUGUAGAUAAAUUUUGGCGCCAAAAAUCUGCAUUUUUGAUACCAAAAAGCGCCGAUCUACAGUAUCCCUAGCCUUAUUUACUGUCAAAAUGCUCCAAAAUUAAUCUACAGUAACCCUAGACGUAUCUGAUAUCCGUUAAAAAAAUCCCCAAAAAUUUGUUUCAGCUCUCCUCCAAGGUUCCAGUCCCAUCUGGGCACUCCUCACUCGCUUCAAUCUCUCCACUUUACGAGACGCCAUUCAAUUCCACACCACCACCUCCACCAAUUUCCACACAAUGAAACCCGCCGAAAAUUUGGCCGAACUAUUUUUGACCAACAAAAAUGCGCCCAAUUUUGCCCUACAAAAAUUGUUGCUCUCCAAGUUGGAGCAACUCGCGAAGACUAAAAAUAUUGAGGGAUUCAACACGAGAUUGCAGGAAUAUUUGGGAGAAAUGAAUGCCACGUCCGAAUCGUUGAUAAGGGCGACGAUUGAGGUACUGUAGGUGGUUUUUUGGCGCGAAAAUUUCCAAUUUUUUGAUAGUAAACACGCCUAGGGGUACUGUAGGUCGUUUUUGGCGCGAAAAUUUGAUGAAUUUUGAUAGUAAACACGCCUAUGGGGUACUGUAGGUGGUUUUGGCGCGAAAAAAUUUGAAUUUGAAAAUUUUUGGCGCGAAAAUUUGACGCAUUUUGAUAGUAAACACGCCUAUGGGGUACUGUAGACGUUUUGGCGCCAAAAAAUUUGAAUUUGAAAAUUUUUGGCGCGAAAAUUUCCAAUUUUUUGAUAGUAAACACGCCUAGGGGUACUGUAGACGUUUUGGCGCCAAAAAAUUUGAAUUUGAAAAUUUUUGGCGCGAAAAUUCCACGUUUUUUGAUAGUAAACACGCCUAGGGGUACUGUAGACGUUUAGGCGGCAAAAAAUUUGAAUCUGAAAAUUUUUGGCGCGAAAAUUUGACGCAUUUUGAUAGUAAACACGCCUAUGGAGUACUGUAGACGUUUUGGCGCCAAAAAAUUUGAAUUUGAAAAUUUUUGGCGCGAAAAUUUCACAAAUUUUGAUAGUAAACACGCCUAUGGAGUACUGUAGACGUUUUGGCGCCAAAAAAUUUGAAUUUGAAAAUUUUUGGCGCGAAAAUUUGACGCAUUUUGAUAGUAAACACGUCUAUAGGGUACUGUAGACGUUUUGACGGCAAAAAAUUUGAAUUUAAAAAAUUUUGGCGCGAAAAUUUGAUGAAUUUUGAUAGUAAAUAAGCCUAUGGGGGUACUGUAGGCGUUUUGGCGCCAAAAAAUUUUGAAUUUUCAAAUUUUUCCAGGUAAUCCACGUGCAAUCCUCCAUCACCAACGCCUCUUACAAUUUUCCCAACGAGCGAAAAAUUGCACCGCAACUCGAAAGAGCCGGAAUCAUUUUCAAACCCGAAUUUCGACCGUCGGAAAAUAGUACAACACUUAUUAAUCAUGUAGGUUACUUUUUCUGGGGGAAAAAUUUGAAAAAUCUGCAACUUCACGUAAAUUUUAAUGUAAAUUUGCAAUUUUUUCGUCAAAAAUUCAGAAAUUCUGCAUUUUUUCGUCAAAUUUGAUGUGAAAUACGAAAAUUCUGCAAUUUUUCGUCAAAUUUGAUGUAAAUCUGCAAUUUUACGUCAAAUUUGAUGUAAAUCUGCAAUUUUACGUUAAAAAUUCGGAAGUUCUGCAAUUUUCCGUCAAGUUUGAUGUAAAAUUCGAAAAAUCUGCAAUUUCACGUGAAUUUUGAUGUAAUUCUGCAUUUUCUCGUCGAAAAUUCAGAAAUUCUGCAAUUUUACGUCAAAAAUUCGGAAAAUCUGCAUUUUCACGUAAAUUUUGAUGUAAAUCUGCAUUUUCUCGUUAAAAAUACGAAAAUUCUGCAAUUUCACGUGAAUUUUGAUGUAAACAGCAAAUUUUUUCAAAAAUACGAAAAUUCUGCAUUUUCUCGUCAAAAAUUUGAAAAUUCUGCAAUUUCCCGUCAAAUUUGAUAUAAGUCUGCAAUUUCACGUCAAAAAUUCGGAAAUUCUGCAAUUUCACGUAAAUUUUGAUGUAAGAUUUGAAAAAUCUGCAUUUUUUCGUCAAAUUUGAUGUAAAUCUGCAAUUUCACGUGAAUUUUGAUGCAAAACUGCAAUUUUCCGUCAAAUUUGAUGUAAAUCUGCAUUUUCACGUAAAGUUUGAUGUAAAAUACGAAAAAUCUGCAAUUUCACGUGAAUUUCUCAAGUUAAAAAUUUAAAUUUUCAAAAAAAAUCAAUAUUUUGUCAUUUCAGUGCUUGGCUUUGUUGUUGAACGCUGGAGAAUUCAAAGUAGUGCUGGAAAAAGGUGGAAAGUAGGUUUUUCUUCAAGAUUUUUCCAGAAUUUUCAGCCAAAUCUCAAAAUUUUCAGCAUUCCCAUAGAAAUGUUCCCAUGUGUACCGGUCGCCAGAUUACUUGGAGCCUAUGCGCAAAAUUCGGCCGAUCCAAAUAUGGUACGAAAAUGUGCGGAUGGAUUCUCGCAGAAUACGGCGCCCAAAUUUGUGGCCGCACAAAAUUGGUGGGUUUUUUUGGCUAGGAUUACUGUAGAACUCGAAAUUUCACGUUUUUUGACACUAAAUAAGCCCAGGAUUACUGUAGAAUGAUUUUUGCGCCAAAAAUCGAUCUUCAGUAACCCAGGGCUUAUUUAGUAUCAAAUUAAAGCUCCAAUUUUUAGCCUGGAAAAAAUAAGCCUAGGAUUACUGUAGAACACGAAAUUCCACGUUUUUUGACACCAGAUAACCCCAGGGUUACUGUAGAACUCGAAAUUUCACGUUUUUUUGACACUAAAUAAGCCUAGGAUUACUGUAGAUUAGAAAAAAUCCCCAAAUUUUGACUCUAAAAUUUUACCGGGAAAAAUUAGGUUUCAAAAAAAUUUGAAAUUUUGAAAUUUCGAUCGAUUAGGGCUAAAAAUCUAGAAAUUUAGAAGAAAAUGGAUUUUUCGCGCCAAAAUUGAUCUACAGUAGUCCUAGGUUUGUUUGGUGUGAAAAAAGUCGAUUAAAAAAAUUUUCAGACAAAAAAUUCGAUUUUUUAAACCUAGGAUUACUGUAGAAAUCAAAAUUCCACGUUUUUUGACACUAAAUAAGCUCAGGGUUACUGUAGAUCAAUUUUGGCGCCAAAAAUUCCAAUUAGAAAAAAAUUUGGAUUUUUUCGCGCCAAAAUUGAACUACAGUAAUCCUGGCCUUGUUUGGUGUCAAAAAACGUGGAAUUCUGAGUUCUACAGUAAUCCUAGGCUUAUUCGGUGUCAAAAAAUCUGAAAUUUUCAGCCUCCCCCGAAGCCCCCAACGCCGUGAACUCCUCCACACAAUUCAACUCUUCGAAGCCAUUCGCCAACCACAAUUAGUCACAUUUCUCCUCGGUUUCAUCGUCAGUUUACACAAUCGAGUUGUGAUAAGUCAGAAGAGGGCGCAUUUGAGAAUUCAUGCCAAAUUUGUGUUUGGAAAUGAGAAUACACCGUGAGUUUGCGGGGUGCGAAACUAUAGUCUAGUCUUGAAGAUUUUAUCAAAAAAUCAGAAUACAAUGGUUUUUUUACCUCCAAAACUAUAGUCUAGUUUGCUUUCUUUAAAACUACAGUCUAGUCUUGAAUAAAUUGAUUGAAGAUUACUGUAUGUUCCUUUAAACUAAGCUCAGAUUUUUCCAAAAAAUUUCAAAUUUCUGGUUUUUUGCAUCUUGAAAACUACAGUCUAGUUUAGAAGAAACUAGAUUCUAGUUAACUGUAUGUUCCUUCAAAGAUUUGCAGUUCGUUCCAAAACUAUAGUCUAGUUUAGAAGAAUUCAAAUAAAGGUUACUGUAUGCACCUUUAAACUAACCUCAAAAUAAUCAAAAAUUUGGAAAUUUCUGGUUUUGUGCACCUCCUAAACUACAGUCUAGUCUUGAAUAAAUUCAAGAUUACUGUAUGUUCCUUUAAUAUUUGCAGUUCGUUCCAAAACUAGAGUCUAGUUUGGAACGAAUUGAUUCAAGGUUACUGUAUGCACCUUUAAACUAAGCUCGAAUUGUUCAAAAAUUUCAAAUUUCUGGUUUUUUACACCGCCAAAACUAGAGUCUAGUUAGUCUAGAAGACUUGGCUGAAGAUUUUCGAAACUACAUUCUAGUCUUGAAUAAAUAUUUCAGAAUCGACAUUCAAAAUCUGGACGACAUUCGACAAUGUCUGAAAAUGAUGUGUGAAAAUGCGUAUUCAAUAAUGCGAACCGAUCCCGACACAAUCAGAACCUAUGCCGAUUUUUUGUAUGGUAAGUGACGGGUUUUUUGGGUCUAGAUUUGGGCCUAAAAGCCCCAAAAAUGACCCUAUUUUGGGCCUUAAAAACCCCUAAAAUGACCCUAUUUUGGGCCUGAAAAGCCCCUAAAAUUACCCUAUUUUGUGCCCUAAAAACCCCUAAAAUGACCCUAUUUUGGGCCUGAAAAUUCUCUAUUUUAGGCCAAAAAAGAAAGGCCUUAAAGCCCCUAAAAUGACCCAAUUUUGGGCCUUAAAAAGCCCCUAAAAUGACCCUAUUUUGGGCCUUAAAAGCCCCUAAAAUGACCCUAUUUUGGCUCUUAAAAGCCCCUAAAAUGACCCUAUUUUGGGCCUGAAAAUUCUCUAUUUUAGGCCAAAAAAGAAAGGCCUUAAAGCCCCUAAAAUGACCCUAUUUUGGGCCCUUGAAACCCCCUAAAAUGACCCUAUUUUGCGCCUUAAAAGCCCCUAAAAUUACCCUAUUUUGGGCCUUAAAACCCCCUAAAAUGACCCUAUUUUGGGCCCUAAUAAACCCUAAAAUGACCCUAUUUUGGGCCUUAAAAGCCCCUAAAAUUACCCUAUUUUGGGCCCUAAAAUGACCCUAUUUUGGGCACUAAUAAACCCUAAAACCUUAAUCUUCCAGUGCAAGCUGAUUAUCAAUCAGCCGCUCAAAAAUACAUGGAAUAUUUUGCGGCUCAAUCUGUGCAUCUCAAACCAGCUGCCAAUGAUCAAACUAUAUUCAAUGAUACGGUAGGUUUUAUCUACAGUAACCCUGGAAUGUUACAGUAAUCCCAAUUUUUGCAGCUUCUCCAUCGUCUUCGACUUUGCCUUGCGCAUUCUGGAUAUUUGACAAUGUCAUUUUUGAUUUGCCAAUUUAUGAAGUCGCAAAAAUCGGUGGAAUAUGGAAAAGCUUUGAUGGUGAGGGGGGAAAUGCUGAAAAUUUGGAUUUUUUGAGCUGAAAAUGCUGAAAAUUUGGGUUUUUGAGCUGAAAAUGCUGGAAAUUUGGGUUUUUUUAGCUGAAAAUGCUGAAAAUUUGGGUUUUUGAGCUGAAAAUGCUGAAAAUGCUGAAAAUUUGAUGAAAAAUGAUGAAAAUUCAUAAUUUUCAGCCAAAAAAUAUCCCUAGAUUUUUUACGUUUCAAAAUUUUUGAAAAUUGAAAUUUGGCUAACAAAAAUCAAUAGAAAAUGCACAUUUCUUAACCUAGCUAAGAAAAUUUUGAAAUUUUGAAUUUUUGAGCUGAAAAUGCUUGAAAUUUGAUGGAAAAUAUUGAAAAUUCAUAAUUUUCAGCCAAAAAAUGGGUCCAAAAAUCCUAGAUUUUUUACGUUUCAAAAAUUUCAUAUGAAAUUUUUGGGAAUUUUUCAAAAAUUGACUGAAAAUCUCCGGAAUUUCCAGCUUCUUCGCAACAAUUUAACACGAGAUGUUGGAGCAAAUUGUGCCGAUUUUAUCAUCGACACAAAUGCCAUCGAAAUGCUCAGCCAAAUUUAUUACGAAAAUCGAAUGACCAAAUCACUUAACACACUUGUAAGUUACCCUAAGUCUCUGCGCCUUUAAAAAAUCAAAAAUCAACCAAAAUUACAGUAUGCUGGAGCCAGUUCACUUGCUGCAAAUAAAAAUAUACCGGGAAGCAUGAUCCUGGCUGAAUCGAAUCGAAGAACUCAUCGAUUUUUGAGCGUGUUGGCAUCCAUGUAUUUUGGAAUUUCGACAGGAGGGAUUUAA